GUUGAAAAUGAACCCCUAAGGAUUUAUAGAGUUUAUUGGGACUUGACUUGAACUAAUUUUCCGGCAGUUUGCUGUGAAAAAGCACAGUGUGCGUGGGCCAUAAGGAAUAUAAAAUGACGAAGUGUGUGCGAUGACAACCAUGGAACUCUCUAAGCCAGAUGAUCUAUGGCGCUGUGUCAGUCAAUGGAACCGCUGGUCCCUAUUUCAUUACUUUUGGGAUCCCCACGAUUGGUCAGAAGUAUGUUGGAUUGCUACAGAAGAAACUAGAGCUCCCUAUGCGCUUGGAAACCUGCGAGACACCCAUGCGCGAUUGGACAGCUUGUCACAGAUCACAAAUGGUAUCGGCCUUUUUGAACAAACGGGAGGCUUAUCAAAAUCAGCGUCGCCUGAAUACCGAUAUAAAGGAGCUACAUACAAAUCUGCAGGCACACGCUCGUAACGCUAAAGAUUGGAUUAACUUGGUGGAUGAAUUCACUAAGAGCAUGAAACAAUUGGGGGAUGUGGAGCACUGGGCGAAGAAAAUGGAGCGUGACGCGCUCAUUCUAGAUGGAUGUCUUCGACUCGCACUGACAAACUCCCCUUAUUUCGAAGUGACCGUUCCCAGAUAACCCACACAACCGUUGAUUGCCCCUCCUUACUCCGUAUUCCGCAAAUUCCAUGGGAAAAGCGGCUUUUCAUCAGUUUAAGCAGUGCUUUUCCUUUUUUGUGCGUGCUCUUUUCUUUUAAUACUUAUUUUUCAAUGUUGAUGCAUACCGCGAAUUUUAAGAACCUUCUCCAUUCGUGUGCGCACUAUCAUCUCCUACCGGCUGACUAACUUCAUGAUGCCCAUCCGCUGCUUUUAGGUAAAAAAAACUAGAUGUUUUCUA